AUGCCUUACAAUAAUAGUAUGUGGUUAAACUCUAUGCAACGUAAUGAAAGAAGCUCUUUUACUAACAGAAAGCUCUUGAUAGAUCGUCCGAGUUUCAAAAGACGAGUUGGUAAUCCACCGCCAUCGAGACCAGCUCCAAAGAGGCUACGUGCUGAUAACCGUCCUAUUACCCCUCUCCCACCACAUCCAGCUUCAAAUGCAUCCACUCAUAACGGCUUUAACUCGCGCUAUAACGCUGCAAGGCAAACCUCACGGUAUGAAGGUUCCCGAUAUAACAAUCCCAAUCCAAAGACAGCAUAUAAGAAUGAGCCGAGGAGUCAGGUAUGGACAACUAAUCAUAAUGACAGCGCACAUACAACUGAAAAUGGCAGAAAGGAUAAGUUUCUUUCGCAAUUACCCAAGGGUCCAAAAGUAUCGAUGUCGAGAUAUAACGACGGCAAGAGUGCGAUCAGCAUGAGACAGAAGGUGGAACAAAGCAGAAUACCGCCUCCGUCGCUUAUAACAGAGACCAGGGAGAGCUCCGUCUACGAUAGGAUUAUACAAGUCGGAGAGGGCACGUAUGGUAAGGUUUUCAAAGCCCGCAACACCGUGACGGGAAGAAUGGUAGCACUCAAAAGGCUCAGGUUGGAAGGCGAAAGAGAAGGCUUUCCGAUAACGUCCAUCCGUGAGAUCAAACUUCUGCAGAGCUUUGACCACCCGAACGUUUCCACAUUGACCGAGAUCAUGGUUGAGUCGCAGAAGACGGUCUAUAUGAUCUUCGACUACGCAGAUAAUGACUUAAGCGGCCUGCUGAUGAACAAGCAAAUCGUGAUAAAUGCAGCCCAAUGUAAACACAUCUUCGAACAGCUUCUCCGCGGCAUGGAUUACCUACACAACAGCGGGAUCCUCCAUCGUGACAUCAAGGGAUCGAACAUUCUCAUAGAUAAUAAAGGACAUUUAAGGAUUACAGAUUUUGGACUCGCGAGAAAGAUAAAAGCAGAUAACGACUAUACGAACCGUGUUAUAACGCUGUGGUACAGGCCUCCGGAACUUUUGCUAGGAACCACGAAUUACGGCCCUGAAGUAGAUAUGUGGGGUUGCGGUUGCGUGCUGGUGGAACUUUUUAACAAGUCAGCCAUUUUCCAAGGCCAGAACGAGCUGGAACAGUUAGACGCAAUAUUCAAGAUUAUGGGAACUCCGAACACAGACCGCUGGCCAAAUCUAUUCGACAUGCCAUGGUUCUUUAUGGUGAUGCCUCAGCAGACGAACAAGUUUCCAAACGUCUUUCAGGAGAAAUUCUCAUCGAUCAUUCCAUCACAAGCAUGCAUCCGAUUAUCUGAAGGAUUACUGUCGUACGAUCAAGGCAAAAGACUCACCGCUGCACAAGCGUUACAAAGCGAUUACUUCAAAGAAUUACCAAAACCCGAACCACUAAUUCUGGAAGGUCAUGAGGGUUGUCAUGAGUAUGAAGUUAAGCUAGCAAGAAAGCAGAAGCGCGCCAAACUUCAAAAGGAACAGACCUGA